UGCUGGGUUGCAUAUGCAUUGGAAAAAAAUUUUACUUUGAGGUAUAUGCCAUGUCCUAUAUUUGAUGCAACAGCAGCUAUGAAAGUUGCACCAGAGAAAACAGAGGCUUCUCUGAGAAGGAUUGAAGAAUGUUUGAAUAGAAAUGUCUCACCAAAGAAGUAUACCAAUAGUCGAGCAUUCCGCUUACAGCAAGGUUUUCUGUUGAGUUCUGCGCAGCAGACUGUUGAUCGGCUAAUGGUGCACCUCCAAGAUUCUGUAAAUAAUAUGAAAAAAGUAGCAGUCGAUGGUGUUUCCAUGAAUGAAAAAGUUGAAGAAGCAGAAGGGUUUCUGAGUGAUGCAAACAAUGCUAAACAACUGUUAACAAGGUUACACGAAGUUGUCUUGCAACAAGAAGAAUCUGGUAAUCCUGUUGAAACAAGACUUCAGGACUUCGUGCAGGAACUGUGGGAUACUGUAGAAAGUCAUCUCAUGGGAACAGCUUCUUGCAUGUUAAAAUGCGUAGAGGACCAGUGUCCUAAUAUCAUUGGAGAUGAUGUACGUAGAGAUUUAGAAAAACUGUGCCAAGAAAGAGGUAUCAUACCAAUAGAUUAUGUUCGUCAUACAUUGUUGGAACAAGCUGGUACGAGUAUUAUGAAUAAAGUUAGUGAAGUCAAUUUGUCUGUGGCAGCCCAUGUAUCUGACCGAAUAUUGGAUGAAAUUAUAGAAUCAUUGUCUAGAAGUCAUCGAGAACUGCAUGAACAAGUGAACCAGCAGCGAUGUACAACCCCCGAUGUUUUGCGAGGUGGAAUAUGUGGUGAAAGUGGAUUGAGAAUAAGCCAUAGUGGAGAUUCUCAGUUAGAUAGAGAUAGUUAUAGUGAAAAUUCUGAUUCUCCAUUGCAACUGGCUUGGCUGAAUUUAGCUACUCCCAAGCUCACUAAUAAAAGAAAAAGUGUGCAUGCUAGGAGGCUAAGGCCACAGUCGGUUGUUGAUAGUGUUGAAGGAAUAGCUGCUGAUGACAUUCCUGAUCUUUUACCAAAAGAUGAAGAGAGUUUACCCAGUCUUUCACCAAUGUCUGAGAAAUUAGAACAUUUAGGAAAAGCUCGCCCAAAAAGACCCAAAACUAGAGCACCGACCCGACCUGCUAUUCAAGGAAAGGAAUUACGAGAAGAACCCCAAGAUAUUGGUGAAGGAUUAGACAACUUUUUUAGGCAACAAAGAAAUUCUCUUUCUACCCCUACCUUGUCUCCUGAUUCAGAAGAGAUUCGAGAAAGAGCUGGAAGUAGUAGCACUUCUGCCAGUAUUCUAAGUGGGGAUUUAACAUCUUCAGAUUGUGUUGUCAAAGUUGAUCGCUCACCAGAAAACGAGAAAAAAGAACGAGGGUUUAUGAAAGGUAUCAGUAGUCUCUUCAGUCGAAUAUCUCCUGAUGUUAGUCAUAUUCAUAAAUCUCGCUCAUAUGAUUUAACAGAUAAAGUAGUAGCAGCUGACCCAUCGCCCACUCAUAGCUCUGGAAAGGAUUCUACUAAAAGUGUUAUUGGAAUUGGUGACAUAAGUCUGCAUUCCUCGUCUCCUCAGCUCGGUGGUCGAAAUAAACGAGAAAAAGGGAAAGAAGAGAAUGAUGCAAGUGAAAUAUCUUUUAAACCAAAAAGUUCAGAAAAAUUUGGUCCUGGCUCUAUACAUCGCUCCAGUCCCUUCCUACUUGCAGAAAUGAAGUCGAGGCAGGAGAAGAGGGUUAAUGCGCAUCAUAGUUCACAGGCAGCUGAAGAAAAAAGUCUAUCAGAAGCAAUGUCUGUUUUACAGAGUGUGAAAUUAAAACCUACAGGUUUAAGUCAAACAUUGAAGUCGCCAACUGAUUCCACAGCUACAGAAGAGUCAAAUGUACAUGCUUCAACUACUUCAGUUAUCACAUCCUCACCUGGUUCUCCUCAGCUGGACCCAGGAGGAAGAUUAACCCCAAGUUUAAAAUCUAAGCCACCACCUAUAGCUCCAAAGCCACGGCCAAAAUCUGUUGGAGGGACUUCUGAAGUGAGACUAUCAGGUGACUUUUCAAAUGUUGAAGAAGAUUCUCCUAGAACUGUGAGUCCUAUUAAUGAAUUGUCACUGUCUAGUAGUGGAGAAGCCGAAAAUAAUAAAGAUAUGUCACGUCUGAAAUUGACAUAUUCACUGACAGAACAUUCCAGCGUGGAAUUUAAUGAUAUGCUUUUAAAUGGAAAUAAAGAACAAUCUUAUUUGUGUGGGUUGUCAAAGAAUCCAAGUCCACUGUCUAGUGCAAGUGCCAAUACUUCCAACUAUGCUAAUAUUACUACUGAUGUUCAGCAGACUGUUGAGUUGGAUACCAUGGAAGAUGUUAUACAUGUGUAAAUGAUUAUCUGUGAUGGCUCUGAAAUUUCAUUUUUUUUUUUUUUUUUUCCAUUGAACAGCAUACAUAAAAAUUACUCUGUCAUGUGAUUUUUCUACCCUUUGAAUAUUGUAGAUAAUUUAUUUCACUGAAAUAGAAUGUGCAAGUUGAUCUUCCAUUCAGAAACAUUCAUUGGUUAUGCUUUCAACAAAGCACAUUUUUGUCAUAUUUGUACAAACAAAGAACAAAGUUAUGUUAUCUUUUAAGUUAUAUGUGAAACAUUUAUAUCAAAUAAUUUUUUUCCCCUGUUAAAAUUUUGCAAUGCAGUAUUCUUAAAUGUCGUUAGUUCAGGUUUAUUUUAUAACAGUUGCAAAUUUUUAUUGGUUUUUUGUCACUUUUAAAUCUGUUUUAUUUAAAUGUAAUAAGCUACUUAAAAGAAAGAUAAAAACCACUAUACCACAUCAUCUUUCGUAGUUUUGAUUUCAAAUGCUUGCUUAAAAUAAGGCUUGUAGUUUUUUGCAUGUGUUUCUUUAUUGGUCAUUAGAAAUACUCCAUUAGUUUGUUUCAUAAUAUUUCAAGCUAUUGGUCACUUACUUAAGAAAUGUGUCUUCUUUUGUUCUCACUUCAUAUUUACCUGUGUAAUAUUCUUCUUUGUUAUUCAGAUGUAUAAUUUAGAAUGCAUGUAAAUGAGUAAUCAGUUAAAGAAAAUAUACAAGAUAAUAAUUCAAAGAGAACAUCACAUUAACUAUUCAUUAAGGAGAAUGCUUUAUUAAUAAUUACCUAAUGCUUUUAUACAUAGAAUGAUAAAAGUCUACAAAAAUAAACACACAUAUACAUAUGUAUAUAUAGAGAGAGUGAUUAAAAUUUUAUAUUGUAAUUUUUCUUUUUGAUUCUGUACAUUGAAGCAUUUUAUGUAGGUUAUACUAGAAAUAUACCUGUUAUCUUUUAUAUAUUUCUAUUUAGAUUUUUAUAAAAAUUGUCUAUUAGGUAUCCCUUACUAGGUUUUGCGGUUAAGCUUGCACAUCCUAUGUUCUUUUAUGUAAAUUUGUCAGUGAAGUGUUUUUGCAUUUUAAAGUGUGGAUUAAACUUCACUUUGUAUAUAGCUGUUGCAUUUGAGCAUAGUAAGAAAUUAGUUUAGAGAUCAAAUGAAUUUUGUACUGUACAAACUCAUGUGUACAAUUUGUAUAUUGUUUAAGUUGAUUGUUAUGCCUUGUCUUUCCAUGAUACAUCAAAAUCAUUUGUUGAUAAAGAUAAACCAUUAAAACUGUUUGAUUGUGAGAUGUAUAAAGAAAGUUUAAGGGUUUAAUGAUAGUAUUGAGCAGUAAAUAUUUCAGGUCUCUGUAGCACAUAUCAAAAACAUAGCUUUGUGUGCAUGUAUAAUUUCCAUGUUUUUUAAUUAUCAAAAUUUAUGCAGAAAAAUUUAAUUUUUUUAAAACUUGUUUCAUGGAUUGAUAUUUUGUUUCCUGGAUAUACUCAGAUAUGAAAUUAUUAAAAUGUAAUGUGAUAUUCUUAAAAAAUAUUAUUUUUCUCCCCUUAAAGGUAUUAUUUAUUAAGUUUAAAAUCGUAGUACUGGUUAAAAAUAAGCACAUAAACAGUAAGUUUCUUUAUUAAGUAGAAUUUGGAAUCUGAGCAGAUUACAGAAUUCUGCCUGUUAAUAUUCACUUAUCAAUAAUUUUUUCUCCUAAUUUUUGUAAUCUGUGAUUUUAAUAUUAAAUAAAUAUUAAAUGCAAAACAUUUUGUUAAAUAUUUCCUCGCUCUAUUGUGAUAUGUAAACUUUUCAAAUAUGCAUAAUUAAAAGCAAAUUUUGAAACUUGUAGCUAUAAUUUAUAGACCGGAGGAAGAGAAGAGCAAACUUUUAAAGGGCAUUUGAUACAUCGUAAAUAAUGAGAACUGUGUAAAUUUAGCUUUGCUCAGGUUUCUUUAGUCAUAAUUUCUAGCACAACUGCAUGUGCAAACUAAAUGUAUCAGUUAUUAAUUGCGAUUAGUGUAUGAAAAAUAAGUAAUGUGAUAAUUCUUCUGUUGUAUUUUAUUAUAUUUUCUCUUUCAUGUGUUGCUCUGUUUACAUAAAUUCUUUAUGUACCUCAAUUUUUGUAUAAUUUUACUUCCAAACCCAUUCAGUUUUUCUGUUUUGAAAUGUCAUCUCAAAAUAUGCCAUAUUUUUUUAGGAUCCAAUUUUCUAAACCUUUACAUUCCUUUCUACUAUACACUUAUCUUUAGGUUCCCUUUCCUUGUUGAUUUCUGUGUGUGUGUAAUUUUUUAUUAUUUUUUUUUAUCUUUUAUAUUUGUAUUUAAAUGCAUGGUGCUGUAGUGUAAAUUUUUUGUACAUUGAGAAAUAGUUUCUGAUCAUGUUCUGAGUUUUUCAAUUACUGUAGGACAUUUGAAUUAUAUGUAUAUAUAAAUAAAUUUUCAUUGUUGAAAACUUGGCAGUAGGGAGCAAAAUCUAGCUUAAAACCCUAUGUUAGUUAAUUCUUGCAACAUGUUGUUGCAUACCGUUAUGUUUCUACACAUUUUUAAAAAAACUGUAUUGUGAUUUUAAAAUUGUCAAAGAGUGCAAUAUCCGUGCUUUUGAUGUUAAAACAAAAAUUUUACAAUGUAGUGCAUUAUGUACAGAUGCAAUCAGUAACAGUGGAACCAUUUUAAAGGCAAAGAUAUUAAAAAUCAGUUUUUCUUACUCUGAA